AGAACUGAGACUCUACUUUAGUCAAUCCUCUUUGGGUGGACUCUUGUGUGGACAUCGAAGUGACAAUAAUAUCCGAAUAAAUCUUUAUCGAUAUCUUGUGUUAUAACUUUUGCAAUCUCGAGGAAAUAAAGUUGGCCCUUGACUUUCCAGUGUGUGUUAAAAACAUCGAGACAUCAUGGCUAUGUCAAAAACCACAAACACGUACAACAGACAAAAUUGGGAAGACGCUGAGUUUCCUAUUCUCUGUCAAACAUGCCUCGGAGACAACCCCUAUAUACGAAUGACGAAGGAAAAAUACGGAAAAGAGUGCAAAAUCUGCGUUCGUCCAUUCACAGUAUUCCGUUGGUGUCCAGGUGCGAGGAUGCGUUUCAAGAAAACCGAAGUGUGUCAGACCUGCAGUCGCCUGAAAAACGUGUGCCAAACCUGUCUACUAGACCUUGAAUACGGUCUGCCAAUUCAAGUUCGUGAUGCUGCUCUGAAAAUCAAGGAUGACAUACCACGAUCAGAUGUAAACAAAGAGUACUACGUGCAAAAUAUUGACAAAGAAAUCGGUAAGAUUGACGCAACGAGUCCAGCAGGAGCAGUUGGGAAAUCAGCAGCAGCCUCAGAUCUUCUGAUGAAGCUCGCGAGAACGAGCCCCUAUUACAAGAGAAAUCGUCCGCACAUAUGUUCUUUCUGGGUCAAAGGAGAGUGCAAGAGAGGAGAGGAGUGUCCAUAUCGUCACGAAAAGCCAACAGAUCCAGACGAUCCAUUGGCAGAUCAGAACAUCAAGGAUCGUUAUUACGGUACGAAUGAUCCAGUUGCUGAUAAAUUAAUGAGAAGAGCAGCAGCGAUGCCAAAAUUAGAACCACCCGAGGACAAAUCUAUUACAACCCUUUAUAUUGGUAAUCUUGGUGAUGUACUGACUGAGAAACAGCUGAGGGAUCAUUUUUAUCAGUAUGGAGAGAUUAGAUCUGUGACGAUGGUACCACGGCAGCAGUGUGCAUUCAUACAAUACACGCAGAGAAAUGCAGCUGAAGCAGCUGCUGAAAGAACAUUUAAUAAACUCAUACUCGGUGGAAGAAGGUUGACCAUCAAGUGGGGCAGGUCUCAGGGGAGACAGACAGUGUCUGCUGCUGAGGCAACCAGAGAAAUUCUCGAACCCGUUCCUGGAUUACCAGGUGCUCUUCCACCUCCACCAGAGGCUAUGGGCAACAAUUUUUUCAAUCUUCAAGCGACUCCUGGCAUGAUGCCUCCUAUGAUGAUUCCACCACCACCUGUUGCCCCUCAAUUCACUAUGUUCCCACCACAGAUUGCUGCUGCUACAGCGACUGCUCCCAUUUUCCCACCUGGAACUGCUCCCAUUCAUUAUCCCAGUCAGGAUCCGUCCAGAAUGGGAGCCAGUCAAGGUAUUGGCAAACCCUGGCCUGAAGAAUAAUGCAGAUUUUAAGGAUUUCAGCGAUAUCCUCAGAUCAUUGUCAAUGAUUCUUCAUUUUUAUUUUUAUGUACAUAAGUGUGUGGAUUAUUAUCUCCAUUUGUCGUCAUGAGGAAGUGAAUUUUCCUCGGUUCGUUUUUUCUGAUAAAAAUAAAUCUGUUAUCGA